UGUCAACUUGACAGCUGGUGUUUUUGUUAUUCUAACAAAAAGGAUUAUUUAUUUUAAAAAUGGAUAAGGAAGAUUUGUUCUUACACACUUAUUUUACGCAUUUAUCCCAAAUAUCUUAUGACAAAGCCAAGGAACACGUCGAAAAAGAGAAAGAAAUCUACAAGGGGGCACAAUUGUCGUUGUGGGGCACGUUUUUAAACUUCUUACAUCAUCUAAUUUUAACCGAGAAGAGUUACAUAGAGUUAGGUUUUCUCCAAACGAAAAAUAAAAGUUUUUUGCGUAAAGACAAUUCCUUACGUUCGAUUUAUGAGAGUUUGAGGUCAGACUUACGUAAACUGGAAGACAAUUGCAAAUCAACUGUAACCGACAGAAGGGUCCAACAUUAUUGCCAAAACAUUUACCAAUUUUUAAAUGCGCGUAUCAAUAUGAUCGAUUUAUACGAGCGAAUUUAUACAAUGGGGCUCAACAAUCAGUUCAUGUACGCAGACAUGCUCAAGUACGUCCAAAAUAUUAUCGAAAAACACUCGCUUGACUUCACUGACAUUAGUCUAACCCCGGUCAAAGCCACUUUUGGCUUGGAAAUUGAAAUUUUGGAGCAACUUUUUAAAGCCUUGACUGAGCUACAAAGACUACAGUUUUUACCGUCUCUCGCCCUAAUUCAUGGGGCACAUACAAGACUAGCCUUGUGGGAGAGCAAAAUACCAAAUCGCGAGAAUUGGAAAAUAAGUUUUCUCAAAAAUAACCCGCUCCCAGCCUUAUUCCAAUGGCUCCAAAAAUUAAAAGGGUCCGUUUUGAGCAAAUUUAGUUUGUAUUUUCACGAUACUUUGGCCCAGCAAACCACACCAACGGAUAUGAGGCACUUGUGUGCCAAAUUACAUCACGACCAUUACCAAAAAAUGGUGAGUUUCCACCGAAAAUAUGAAGCGGCUUGCGUAAUUUUGCUCUCGGACAACCAAGUCAGUUGUGAUACUACUGAUUACGACAGUUUUCCAAUCAUAGUCUCAUAUCCUCCCAGGAGUCCUCCACAAUUAGACACAAUUCUAAAAAUGAUAUCGGAAACAACCGACGAGCUUGCAAUUGUCGAUAAAAUCAUUUACAAAUUUAGCUCUCAGAGCCAAUGCACCUACAUUUUAACGACUGUGGAACCAAACAUUUAUUUAGUGGUACUGUUCGAAAGCAAAAAAUCGGAAAAGGACGCCUUCAUUGGUAAUUUUGUGACUGAGAUUUGCACCAAUCUGAGGUGCACUAAGGUGUUUACAGCCUUGAAAAACACCUCAAAAUAAAUAAAUUUUGUAUCAAUUCA